AUGAGCUCGAUACCCAAGAAGAAGCCUAACUUCCUCGUCGUUGUGGCCGACGACCUGGGCUACAGCGAUAUUGGUCCCUUCGGGGGUGAGACCAAGACGCCGAACCUGGACCGCCUCGCCAAAGACGGUGUCAGGCUUACCAACUUUCAUACCGCGUCAGCCUGCUCACCCACGCGGUCCAUGUUGCUUUCUGGCACGGACAACCAUCUGGCAGGCCUCGGGCAGCUGGUGGAACACAUGGCUGACCGGGCCAAGUACGACGGGAAGCCGGGCUACGAGGGUUAUCUGAAUUUCCGUGUCGCGGCACUAUCAGAAAUCCUCCAGGACGCUGGGUACUUCACCCUCAUGUCUGGGAAAUGGCAUCUCGGCCUGACGAAGGAAACGAGCCCGCACGCGCGCGGUUUCGACAAGAGCUUCGUCUUCCUCUCCGGCUGCGGCAACCACUUCAACUACGAGCCCCAGCUCUCCGACCCCUCCCACGGCAUUUUCACACCCAUGAACGGCGGCAAGUUCUGGAUGCGGGAUUCCGAGUUCCUCGACCGUACCGCCGACCUCCCUGAGAACUUCUACUCCACCACCUCGUUCACCGAUGACCUGAUCACGACGCUCUCGGGUCGCACCGAUGCCGAGGCGGAGAAACCCUUCCUCGCCUACCUGGCCUUCACAGCGCCGCACUGGCCGCUGCAGGCGCCGCGGGAGACGAUAGAAAAGUACAAGGGCCUCUACGACGACGGGCCCGACGCGCUGAGGACGAAGCGCCUCAAGAGAAUGGUCGACCUGGGCAUCAUCAAGGAAGGGGUGGAGCCGGCGCCUAUGAUAUCGCAGAACUGGGAGAAGAUGACUCCAGCUGAGAAGGCGGAGUCGGCCCGCAAGAUGGAGGUCUUCGCCGCUAUGAUGGAACUCAUCGACGAGAACAUCGGCCGUAUCGUGGACUACCUCGAGGCGGCAGGUGAGCUUGACAAUACCUUCAUCUUGUUUAUGUCUGAUAACGGCGCCGAGGGCGCUAUGCUCGAAGCCCUGCCGAUGAUGGGAAGCGUGGGCAGUGUCAAUGCCAUUAUUGAUAAGUACUAUAAUAACAGCAUAGACAACAUCGGCAUGGGCGACUCCUUCGUCUGGUACGGCUCUGAGUGGGCGUGCGCAUCCAUGGCGCCGUCGCGUGGCUUCAAGACGUGGAUCACGGAAGGCGGCAUCCGUUGCCCGUGCCUAAUUCGCUACCCGCCGCUCGGAGCGGCCGCGGCCGGUUCCCACACGGACUCGUUUGCCACAGUCAUGGACGUUCUGCCCACCAUCCUCGAACUGGCCGGUGUGCCGUCGCCCGGUACGGAGUUCCGCGGGAGAGAGGUCCUGCCCGUGAGGGGCGAGUCGUGGGUGCCGCACCUGACGGCGAAGUCAGCCGGGUUCCACGACGAGGAGCACCACAUCACCGGCUGGGAGCUCUUCGGUCUCCGCGCCAUCCGUCAGGGACCCUGGAAGGCGCUGUACAUGACGGCACCGCGCGGCAAGGAUCGGUGGGAGCUGUACAACCUGGACAAGGACCCUGGCGAGAUCCACGACCUGGCCGACAGCGAGCCCGAGAUACUGCAGAAGUUGGUGGAGCACUGGGAGGUGUACUAUGCCGAGACGGGCAUGUUCGACCCGGGACACGAGUUUCCCUAUGUGAAAUACGGUGACGGUUUGCUGCUAGAAAGCUGA